UCUCUCCCGGAUUUUCCGCAACUCGUAUUUCGGUUCAGUAGUCCCGCAAGAAAAAAUGCGACGACUGUUAUCGUAAAAGAUAUCGUAACGUCAAUAACGCCUGCGAUACAAUUUUUAUUUGCGAUUCACUUUAUCUUUCCAAAGGAUGAGUAAUUGAGCGUAUUGUUUUUGAUAAUACACAUAAUGCAGCUGAAAGAAAUGUUAGAUUGAGCGCUACUAUCUUUUAGUAAACGACGAGAUUGCUCAACGUGUGAAAUAUUAUACAUCGCAGUGUAAGAACUGUGAGACGUGUUUUUGUUCGUCAUGUGCAUUUUAUUUAUUUACCAUAAUCCAAGCCCUUCGACGAACAGCUAUCGAUUAAUUUUAAUAGCUAACAGAGAUGAAUAUUAUGCUAGACCGGCUAAACCAGCUCAUUAUUGGAAGGACUAUCCAGAAUGUUUGGGAGGUACAGACAUGGAACCUGGGAGAGAAGGUGGAACGUGGUUGGCGCUUGCUCCCAAAAAAGGCAGAAUUGGCGUUCUUUUAAAUUUAAAUGGCACACCAAAGUCUACGGAGGGACGGGGUCGCGGUUUUCUUAUCAGAGAUUAUCUGACAACGCAAGAAAACACUAUGAGCCACGCUAAUAAUUUACACGAAACAAAUCAAAAUACUCAAUGCUAUAAUCCUUAUAAUUUAGUAAUGAUUGAUCUAAGGCGCAGUGACGUAUGUUACGUGAGUAGUGAGAAAGGUCAUAGGGGGCCACAAAUCCUGCAAGAUAAAAUUUUAGGCUUUGGCAAUAGUGGAAUUGAAACGCCUUAUAAAAAAGUAUUGGCUGGGAAAGAGAAGUUCGAAAAAUUAGUAACUAACGCCACUAAUUCGCAACAAAAUCAGUUGAUAGAAAUGUUACUACAAUUUUUAAAGCAAGAAGAACGAUACCUUCCAGAUGACGAACUGAAAAAACGAUCACCAGAAGCAUUUAACGAGUUAAGUUCUAUCUUUGUUAGACAUGAAAUGGCUAAAUACGGAACAAGAACUCACAGUAUUGUACUCGUUAAUCACAAUUAUCAAUUGACGUUUGUUGAGGAAACUUUAAAUUCUGAUGGAACUUGGCAACGACAAAUUUUUAAUAAUCAAUUAAACUAAUUAUGAUUCUAUAUGCAAGCAAUGGUUGUAAAAUAAUGUAAGAUAACAGAUUUUUGCUGUACGAAACUAUUUAUCAAUAGAAAAAUAUACAAUUAUUUUUACUAUAUACACUAAUCACUGAUAUUUCUCAAUAUUAAA